AUGCAUCGGGCGAGUCUGAUAUGUCGUCUUGCGUCCCCAAGUCGCAUUAAUGCAAUCAGAGCUGCAUCAUCUGGAAAAACUCCAAUCGCAACUUCUCCUCUUAUCCAGCAAAGAAACCAAUCGGUCGCUGCCUCUGUCAAGCAUGAACCGUUCUUGAACGGAUCCUCGUCUGUGUACAUCGAGCAGAUGUACGAGGCGUGGCUUCAAGAUCCAUCGUCUGUUCACACCUCAUGGGACGCUUACUUCCGUAAUGUCGAAGCCGGAGCUGGACCCGGACAAGCUUUCCAGGCUCCACCAACAACUGCUUACGCUGGUUCACUCGGAGUUCCAGCCGCACAAGUGACAUCUGCUGUUCCUUCCACUCGCCUCGAUACCAAUGCAUCUGUUCAAUCAAUCUCUGAUCACUUGAAAAUUCAGUUGUUGAUUCGUAGUUACCAAACACGUGGACACAACAUCGCUGAUCUCGAUCCCCUCGGAAUAAACAGUGCUGAUUUGGACGAUACUAUCCCACCAGAGCUCGAGCUCUCUUUUUACGGUCUCGGAGAACGCGAUUUGGAUCGCGAGUUUCUCCUCCCACCAACCACUUUCAUCAGUGAGAAGAAGAGCUUGACUCUGAGAGAAAUUUUGCAAAGACUCAAGGAAAUCUAUUGUACCAGCACUGGUGUUGAGUAUAUGCAUCUGAAUAACUUGGAGCAACAAGAUUGGAUUCGUCGUCGCUUUGAAGCUCCACGAGUCACUGAGUUAUCACAUGAUCAGAAAAAGGUUCUCUUCAAGCGUCUCAUCCGAUCGACGAAAUUCGAAGAGUUCCUUGCCAAAAAGUGGCCAAGUGAGAAACGUUUCGGACUUGAAGGAUGUGAGGUUCUCAUCCCAGCAAUCAAGCAAGUAAUCGACUCUUCCUCCACUCUAGGAGUAGAUUCAUUCGUCAUUGGUAUGCCACAUCGUGGAAGAUUGAACGUGCUCGCUAACGUAUGCAGACAACCACUUGCCACCAUUCUCUCACAAUUCUCUACUCUCGAGCCUGCAGAUGAAGGAUCUGGAGAUGUCAAAUACCAUUUGGGAGUUUGCAUCGAAAGAUUGAACAGACAAUCCCAGAAGAACGUCAAGAUCGCUGUCGUCGCCAACCCAUCUCACUUGGAAGCUGUCGACCCUGUUGUCAUGGGCAAAGUUCGUGCUGAAGCUUUCUAUGCUGGAGACGAGAAGUGCGAUCGUACGAUGGCAAUUCUUCUUCACGGAGACGCCGCGUUUGCCGGUCAAGGAGUUGUACUUGAAACUUUUAAUUUAGAUGAUCUUCCAAGCUACACUACUCAUGGAGCUAUUCAUAUCGUUGUCAAUAAUCAAAUCGGAUUCACCACAGAUCCAAGAUCUUCCCGUUCUUCCCCGUAUUGUACCGAUGUUGGACGCGUCGUCGGUUGCCCAAUUUUCCACGUCAAUGUCGAUGAUCCAGAAGCCGUUAUGCACGUUUGUAAUGUAGCUGCUGAUUGGAGAAAAACUUUCAAGAAGGAUGUGAUUGUUGAUCUUGUCUGUUAUCGACGACAUGGACACAACGAAUUGGACGAGCCAAUGUUCACUCAACCACUUAUGUAUCAACGUAUCAAAGAAACGAAAACUGCUCUCGAAAAGUAUCAAGAGAAGAUUUUGAACGAAGGAGUUGCCAACGAACAAUACGUGAAGGAAGAACUCACCAAGUAUGGAGCGAUUUUGGAAGAUGCCUAUGAGAAUGCUCAAAAGGUGACGUACGUUAGAAACAGAGAUUGGCUUGAUUCUCCCUGGGACGACUUCUUCAAGAAGCGUGACCCACUCAAGUUGCCGUCGACUGGAAUCGAGCAAGAGAAUAUCGAACACAUCAUUGGCAAGUUCGGAUCAUACCCAGAAGGUUUCAGUCUUCAUCGUGGUUUGGAAAGAACUCUGAAAGGAAGACAACAAAUGCUGAAAGAUAACACGUUGGAUUGGGCAUGCGGAGAAGCUCUCGCUUUCGGAUCACUUCUCAAGGAGGGAAUCCACGUCAGGUUGAGUGGACAAGACGUCGAAAGAGGAACUUUCUCUCAUCGUCAUCACGUUCUUCAUGACCAGAAAGUUGACCAGAAGGUCUACAAUCCACUUAAUGAUCUUGCGGAAGGACAAGGCGAAUACACAGUUUGCAACUCUUCCCUUUCUGAAUAUGCAGUUCUCGGAUUUGAGCUCGGAUAUUCGAUGGUUGACCCAAAUUCUUUGGUUAUUUGGGAAGCACAGUUCGGAGAUUUCUCAAAUACUGCUCAAUGCAUCAUCGAUCAGUUCAUCUCCUCUGGACAAUCCAAAUGGAUCCGUCAAUCUGGAUUAGUCAUGCUUUUACCACACGGAUACGAAGGUAUGGGACCAGAACAUUCAUCAGCCAGACCAGAGAGAUUCCUACAAAUGUGCAACGAAGACGACGAAAUCGAUCUUGAAAAAAUCGCCUUCGGAGGUACUUUUGAAGCACAACAACUCCAUGAUACUAACUGGAUUGUUGCUAAUUGCACAACACCAGCCAACAUCUACCAUCUCCUCCGUCGUCAAGUAACAAUGCCAUUCCGUAAGCCAGCCGUCGUGUUUUCUCCAAAAUCCCUUCUCCGUCAUCCAAUGGCACGUUCACCAGUCGAAGACUUCCAAUCUGGAUCUAACUUCCAAAGAGUUAUCCCAGAGACUGGAGCCCCAUCUCAAAAUCCACCAAAUGUGCAAAGGCUUGUUUUCUGCACUGGAAAAGUUUACUACGACAUGGUUGCUGCUCGCAAGCACGUUGGAAAAGAAAACGAUGUCGCUUUAGUCAGAGUAGAACAACUCUCACCAUUCCCAUAUGACCUGGUGCAACAAGAAUGCAGAAAGUAUCAAGGAGCUGAAAUUCUCUGGGCUCAAGAGGAACACAAAAAUAUGGGAGCAUGGUCAUUCGUACAGCCAAGAAUCAACUCUCUCCUUUCUAUCGACGGAAGAGCUACGAAAUAUGCUGGACGUCUUCCAUCCUCUUCACCAGCUACGGGAAAUAAGUACACUCACAUGCAAGAACAGAAGGAAAUGAUGAGCAAAGUGUUCGGAGUUCCAAAGUCAAAACUUGAAGGUUUCAAGGCCUAA